AUGGUGCAGGACAAGGACGCGCCGCACUUGUACGACGUCACGACGCGCAUGAAGCCCGACGCAGGGUAUAUCAGGGUCAAGCACUGUGAGAUCGCUAAGCAGGACCUCGCCGCCGACUUCGUCGAAGGCCCACUCACGGACCCACGCGAGGUGUUCCGCCCCGACGAGGAGAGGGUCAAGCGCUUCCUCGGAGUCAAGCCAGACAAGGACGAGUUGCCGCCGUCGAAUGUCGGUCGCUACCAGGAGUACAGGAUGUGCGAAAUCGUUCGACCCGAAGACGCAGAUCUGCAGCUUCGAGCUCGCGGGCGCCAGCAUCUUCAUCCUCCACUAAGUUACAUCUUCGCCGACCCCGCUACCGAACGCCUGAUCGACACGGGAGUCGACUUGCACCUCUUCCAAAUCGCCUCGUCCGCCUGGUUUCGCCCAGCGCUCGACGGCAAGAACAGCGCGGCGGGUCUCCAGCUCGCUGCUCGUCCCGACACGGGUCCUUCGAAGCGCGCUGCACUGUCUGCGAAGGUCUCGCAGGAGAAGGGCGGCAGGCUCGUCCAGAAGGAUGUGCCGUGCAUGAACGGCUGGAGGGUCGACUUGACGACCCAGCGCCUCGACAAGCCCGACAGGAAGGCGCCAGACGACAACCGCAACUUCUUCUGGGAGCGCAGCGACCCGCGCUUCCCGCCGUGCUACUUCAUGCUCGACGCGAUCCGCCUUCCGCUCAUUGACCUCCUCGUGCCUCCUUUCACCGCAAAGGACGACCUCGCGAAGCUCGAAGGCGAGGAGUUUGGGCUCGCGGCCUACCUUCGCGACUUCUACAUCAACAAGGAUCCCGACGGCGAAUUGCUCUUUGCCAAGAUACACGAUGCCGAGGGUUGCCUGCGCUGA